GUGACAGAAGUGUCCCCGAGAGAGUAUCGUGUCGCGUCUGGUCGUGUCAUCAUCGUCGUCAUCGUCGUCGCCUCAGUUCAGCCAAUUGAAGCUAGUUGGAAGGAAUAAGGGUCGAGUCGGGAUUAAACGAGGAACACGACCGAAACGAGGAACGUCAGUGUCGUCGUACCGCUGUCCCCUAGCAAACGGGGAUCAUGAAAUUUCAAUACAAGGAGGAACAUCCGUUCGAGAAACGGAAGGCCGAAGGCGAAAAGAUACGACGGAAAUACCCCGAUCGCGUGCCCGUGAUAGUUGAGAAGGCACCAAAGGCAAAGAUCAGUGAUUUGGAUAAACAAAAGUACCUGGUACCAUCUGACCUUACUGUCGGUCAGUUUUACUUUCUAAUCCGCAAGAGGAUUCAUUUACGUCCAGAAGACGCCUUAUUCUUCUUUGUCAACAACAUCAUUCCUCCAACAAGUGCUACUAUGGGUUCUCUUUAUGCGGAACAUCAUGAGGAAGAUUUCUUCCUGUAUAUAGCCUACAGUGAUGAAAAUGUGUAUGGUAACUAAAUCUUCUGAGACAAGCAAAUUGCCAAAACAAAAAAAAAGGAUUCAACUGCAAAAAUCGACCAUCUCAACGUAGUCCUCAUAGACGCUUUCGAAAGUGUAUACCAAAAUUACAUCUAUCAAAUACACUAUGUGUAAAAAUUUAUGUCUCAACGCUACACACUACAUUUGCUUCUACAAGGCAUAACUGUUCACAUAACUGUCCCUUAACGAUAAAAAAAGAAGUAACUCUUCUCGAUUCCAUUCUUUCUCUGUCACCUGAGAGGGCUUAGGUCACCACUGUAGGUUGUAAGAACAAUUAACCCAUGAAUUAUGUGAUCGUAUGUAAUACUUAGUCAUUGGAGAAGCAUUGGCCAUUGAAGAAAAACUGAGAAAAAUGAAAAAAAAGAAGAGAACAAUUCUUUGUAUCGCUAAAUUGUGCUGGGAUAUUCCUCUGUUCAUUUAUAUGUUAUGUUUUAAUGCACAUUAUUCCCUAUUCUGUAAGUUCAUUGUGUAUUAAAAAUUUUGAAUAUUUUGUAGAUAACACAUCAGAGUUAUAUGAGUGUAAUGUCAUCCUUGAUUUAGGCUAGCAUUAUUCUUUUACAUUAUUGUAUCAUUUGAACAUGAGAGGAAAAAAACGAAAACGUAUUGUUGGAUAUGCAAGGGAGAAAAUUUUGUGUAAUGGCUGGAUGUAAAGCCAAUAAAAAAAGUUAAAACGUGA